ACCUAACAUCAUGGCUGCCAUCAAUCUGUGAUGAGUUUGACAAUAAUGCUCAUAUCCGGAUUUUAAUCCAAACAAAGGCGAUAAAAAAAUAUGGAUAAAGAGUCCAAAAAGCGGGGGAGGCGAUCUCAAGUUGGUCCAACAGAGGGAGGAAAUACAUCUUUUGAACUGGAUUUAGCUUCAGACAAAACUCCACAACAUCAUACUAACAGUGUGGACCCCCCUGUAACAUUUAAAGUACUAGACACCUUCAGAGACCAUGUCAAAGAAACCAGUAAAAAGAGAAAUGCUAUCACAGCUAUCGUGGAUGCUAGGAGGAGUCUGUCCAAAUGGCGAUCUUAUGUAACAUCUAAACGAGUCAGGGAGCGCAAGAAAACAGGACCUACGUUUGGUGUUACUGCUAGCUCUAGUACUACUGGAAUCAGUACUCCAGAAGACGUACCAGUCAGUGCAGGGGAUGAGGAAAAUGAGGAUCGCAAAACAGGAGGGAUCGGAUUGGACGAUAUCGAGGAACAACAGAGGGAUAACACCAAACGAAUGUCGACCGCCAGCAAUCGAUCACUCAUAGAUUACUUUGCUAAACUGGGAAGAUCGACAAAUCCAACAGAAGUGAUCGAUCUUGAUUUCGUGGAAACAUUGCUGAAAAGUGGUGCUAAGAUAAAUUGUACAGACAAGCAUGGCCAAUCACUUCUACAUGAGGUGGCCCGAACAUGGCACGUAGAUGUGGCCAAGUUUCUCAUAGAGCAGAAAGCUGAUGUGAACCUGGCCGACAAGUAUGGCCGCACCCCACUUCACGUGGCUGCUGCAGUCGACUACCCAGCAAUGGUCAACUUGCUUAUAGAAAACGAUGCUGAUAUCGGUGCCAGAACAAAGGUGGAGAAUCAGACCCCCAUCCAUUUUGCAGCUAAAAAUGAUGCAUGUGAGUCUCUUAAGGCCCUGAUCAACAAGAAUUGUAAUUUUGACAGCGACUUGGACUACAAAGGGAGGACGCCCCUCCAUCUUGCUGCAGAGCUCGACCGGAGUGAGAGUGCCCGUCUGCUACUUGACAAGAAGGCCAAGGUAGGAAAUUCUGACCUGAAGGGAAACAAGAUUCUGUCCUGGAUGAUCAACAAGAUGCCUCCUGUGGCGUAUGACGCUUUGUCCCAGUAUCACUCUACAGACCGUCCCAACAGGAAGCAGUAUCUCUACCUCCACCUACUGGUUCAGGACAGGGAAAUUGAUCCGAAGGGUGAUACUCAGAUCCCACUGCAAGUUGCAGUCAACUACAAGCAGUACGAUUUAUUGAUGCAUCUAGUCUUCUCAAGACUCAUUAAUGAAAUGUGGUGCAAGUUUGCAAGGUGGAGAGCGUAUGUCCAGUUUUUCCUGAACUUUGUGUACAUUUUACUGUGGUCAGUAUUGGGGGUUAUGGUGGAGUACAACGAACGUCAUAUCUACAAACUGCCGGAACAUUGGUGGAGGAUAGUGCUUCUGGCUGCAGCCAUUGCUUUCACCAUCUACCAGGUUGUAGAGGAAAUAAACGAGUACAGACAAUCUGUUCGGAGACACAAGGCAUGGGAAAACAGAAGGACGAAAGAUAUAGAGCAAGAUUUGCAGUUCUGUCAUCCACGCUGGCCUGAGGAGGAACUCUUUCUGAACUCUGAACUCAAAGAUUUGGAUAAAACAUCUCCAAAAUAUUUCAAAGAUUACUGGAAUGUAUUUGACUGGGUAUGCUACGGUUUCCUGUUUGUUGUGAUUAUCACCCACUUUGUAGAUAUAAUGCAGCACUCUGAAGACCUGGCGCGAUUCCACAUCAGUGUGAUGGCCAUCACCAUCAUCUUGUUGUGGGUCAGACUUGCCAAAUCUGCUCGUCCUUUCUCUCUUAUAGGACCUUUCAUUGUGAUCCUGGGACACAUGCUUAAUGAUCUGUUGAGAUUUGCCUUCCUAUAUCUCGAGUUCUUCCUGCCAUAUGUUUGUGCCUUUUGGAUGAUAUUUGGCGGUACACGUGUGGCAUACGCAGAUCGAUACAUUCCCAAUGCCAACGCCACCAUAACUGUACCUGGCUUCGAAGAUUUUAAUGCUGUUCUGUUUACUAUGUUCCGUCUUACCCUGGUGGACGAAUACCAAUAUGAUGAUUUGAAGUUAAUUGAUCCCAUCAUGACUGAUAUUCUGGUCGGAACAUGGCUGGGCUUGUCUGCUAUUAUCUGUCUCAACCUGUUCAUUGCUCUCCUGUCCGAUACCUUCCAGAGGGUGUAUGACAAUGCUCAAGCCAAUGCCAUCAUGCAGAAGGCAAUAACAUGCCUGAACUUCUGGGACGGAAUGUCGACUAAAAACAGAAACAAAUUCUUGGACUAUAUCGCAAAGGAGUGUUCUCCACUCCAGGAGUAUUAUGAUGAUGACAUGACAGAGGAGGGUGAGGAAGACAUGAAAAAGGUCACCAUACAAAUCAAGGAGGACUUCGAUGAAUUUAGGGAAAUGUUUGUUCAGAAAUUCUACUCUGGCAGCUCUGAUAAAAACAGUGAGGGUAUAGAGGACAACGAGGGUCUGGUGACCACUAAAACCCUACAGAGAGAAGUGAAGACUCUACAGAUUAGUAUGCUUGAACUGAAGGAUUCACAGAGGAAAAUGCAACAGAAGGUCACGCAUGACAUGAACACUAUCAAGAACUUACUCCUCCAGAUGUCAGGAUGGGGAGGAGGUAAUCUGGAAGGAAUGGAAGGAUUCACGGAGGUUGAGGAAGAGGAUCAUCCUCCUUCAAUAUUGACAGACAGCAGAACACGUAGAGAAAAGUCAUCCGACAGGAAGAAGAAAAAGAAAAAGCACCGCUCACCCUCUGAUCACAGCCUUCUGGAGACAGAGGCUCCAAUUCCUCCCGUGUCAGGUGAACCACAUGUAGACGUCUGUUAUCCUGAUUUCUCAGCGGGUAUCAUUCCUCAGGUUACAGCUACCAGCAGGACAGGUUCACAGGAUCCAGCCUCAGAAUGUUGACAAAACAAAUCAGACCACACUGAUUAUGGAUGACUGAUCUGUUGCUUCCACAAACUAUACUCAAAAAAUGGAUGGUAACGAGGUCAGAUGUCUACUCGGCACAGAAGUACUAGUAUAGACCCUCCUUUAGUUAGAUAUGUGUCUGGUGUUUAUUGACGGGCAACAAUACAAGAUAGACAUGUAUUUAGAGAUUUAACAUCAACGCAUCAGAGAUUGAAGCUGGCAGGACCCCACAUAUUGGCCUGAAGUAAACAUAUUUCGUAGACAACUCUGUUGAUAUUACUUUUAUUAACAUGCAGCAAUUUUCUAGGAGUUGUUACUUUGUGAUUGUGUAUAGACUCUAAAAUAUCGAAUGAUAAAUGUUUGUGUCAUAAAUCAAAUCUAAAUGUUUUAUAUCAAUUGUCAAUCUUGAUAUAUGUGAACUUAGAAAGUUAUGAUUAUUUUCGUAAGUUUUAAUAUUCAUAGCAGUCUGGUAUACAAGAACUCGAAACCACCAACACAAAUAUAUGACAUCAAAUUAGAUAUACCGAAUAACAACUCAAAAGACCUUCCAAUAUAUAAGCAUAACCCAUUGACAUCCCACAAGGUACUUUAAAGAAGUUCCUUGACAAAAACUUUUAUAACAAGGGGAGAUAACCAUUGGAUUUUCUUAAUUUUGCAUGAUGAUAGUGCUAGCAAAUGAGGAGAUCUAGAGAGUAUAACAAUUUGCUGUCAUAACACUGUUUUGAAACGACUUUUGUAGCAAUACAUUAAAAAUUUCUUAUUAUUAUGAGAAAUUACAACUUAUAUAUAAUGUUUCUUUCGGAAAACUUCUAUUGUAUUUGUUAAAACUGUCUUGGAAGAAAAGAUCUUAUCUAUUACUGCUGAACAAAUUAAAAACAAGUCAUAGAUACAUUUAAAAUGUUGUCAUGACUAGUCAGGAUCUGCCUGCUUGCAGUCUGGACUGUAGUUUAUCUGUAGAUGGCCAGAAAUAUGUGUCUGAACCUUUUAUUUUUAACCAAAGUGUUUUUGUUUAUGAGUUUUAUCAUUAAUCUAAGGGAAUUUGCCGCACUUUAUCAAUUUCAGGUGCGAUAUAUCUGAUAUUUCACUUAGAGGUGUUUAGUUCCUUUAGUUUUAUACUUGUAUGACUACGUUGACUAUCCAGAUUCUACUUUUGGUGUUCAUAGUACCGAUAACACGAUAAUGAUAUCUAACCAGGUGCUAGCUUUUCUGCUGUCUCUCAUUUUCAAGUAUUUUUCUGAUUAUUUAUUGUGCUUGAAUUAUUUCUCAUUUUCGUCAUAACAAUAUUUUUAGGUUGAAACUUUUUGAGUAUGCCUUUUUUCUGAUUUUUUAUUUAGCAAAUCCUAGAACUAAUUUGACAAUACAUUUUCAUGUACUCAGCACUACAAGAACAUGUUAUUGCAAUAUACAGAUAAGAUUGAUCAUCACAAAUGUCUUUCUUUGAAUACAAAUGAGUAACUAUUUUCUAAGGAAUUCGCUGAUAGGUAAUGCCUCAUUGUACCAUACACAAUUGUGACAUCCUAGUUUGUAAAUGGCAUAUGUUAUUGCUAUUGAAAUCACAACAUGAAAUGAUACAAAACUGAUUUGAUAAAGUAACUUGUGGCAUUUCCAUGUAGUCUGAAAGUCAUCCUCAGAUACCCACAGUUUUGUUUUAGUAUUUAAAGUAAUUAAGCUGUGAAUUGUUAUGUAUUUUUUUUCAAUUCACAAAAUUAAAUUACUCACAAAAAAUUAUCAACUAUAAAGUAAACCUGUUUUACAGAUGGGUUUGACAAGCAUGGAACUGCCAUCAAUGAGCAUCAUUAUGUUUGACUUGUAGCUGAAUCAUGAUGAUGAAUUAAAGCUGGGUUUUAUAACAAGAAUGAAAUUGGCAUUAAAAAGUUCAAUAUGUUUACAUCUUAUAAUAAGCCUUUUCUCAGUCAUCCACUGCCAUAUAUAUCUAACUUGUAAGUUUUACCAUUCUUUUUUAGAAUACUAGUUUAAAUGUCUAUAAGAAAUAUUUACCUCUAUAUUUAGUCAUUGGUUGGCUUCUAUUUAUACUGUAAUUUUUUAUAUACAAAAGUCUAGAUUUUCUUACAAAAUGUGAUGCUUAAUGGUUGUGCCUUAUGAUUAUUUUCUUGUUUUAAAUUGAACAAAUCAUCCAGAUCAUAAAAAACAUAUGAUAUAUAUUCCCAUUGGUAGGAAACCAUUUUUAUCAUUAACAAAUUCAUAUUUCAUUAAUUAAAAAAAAAAACACUGUGAAUUUAAAUGUACAUGUAUUUUGAUUUCCACCCUUUAUCUAUUGUGUUCUAGUGGAUAGAGGGAUCCGAGUUUUGGUACCACAAACAAUUGGUCUUCCCUGUUUUUAGUGUAGCUCAAUUUUCACUUGAUGACUUUCUAUUGUGUUAAGGUGUUUUUGAAGGCCAUUGAAAACAGAAAGUGACUUCCUGAGGAUCCUAUAUACAGCCAUCUGAUUUAGAUAUUUAUUAUGGAUCAUGAUUACAUAUGUGAAGUGAAAUCUGAAAAAAAACACUUCUAUGUUGGAAGCAGCAUUCUGUGCAAGGUAUGUUUUCAACAUAUAAAAAGAAAUAUUUUUAAUGCUGAAUAUUUUCAGUCAUAGUAAGCUUUAAGGUAUCACUUAUCUUUGGGGGACCGCAGUGGCUGAGUGGUUAAGGCAUCUGACACUCUGCUAUCACUAGCCCUCCACCACUGGGUAGCAGGUUUAAGGCCUACA